AUGGCAUCUUUGAGCACCAUUCCCACCGAGCUUCAAUGCGUCAUUUUGCGUCUGUUAGACCCCGUCGGUUUGAUAUCUGCCAGCCAAACCAGUCAUCAUUUUCGGGAGAUCAUCAAACCGGCCCGGAAACACCUUGUCGAAAGAUUGCUCCAACUAGAAUGUGACGAAAAAGAAGGUGGGACCAUUCCACUCUUCAACUCAACGACCAACGACCUUAGUCCAGGAUGGACAACACCCGAGUGGAAGGCGAUGCGUUGGGCAUGUAGCGGAUGUCUUCGUCUUCUAUCAGAUGAAUAUUUUGAUAACCACUCCAUUCUCCGGCUGGCAUACCGCAAGCCUGUCCCUGGUUCUCCAGCAUCAGACCACUUCACAACUUGGGAUUUAGCCCCGAAGACAAGCCCUUUCUUACCACAUAUCGGGCGUGAAAAGCGCAACCAGUCCGAGCAGUAUAUCGAAGCCAAAAAGGUUCGGCGAAGAUACACAAUUGCCCUUUCGAAACGCUGGAAUGCAAAUGCCUACGCCCACCGUGCCGAAGACACAUAUCAUGAACUCUUAGACUGCGGGUGGGAAACUUUCGAAAACAUGACAGUCUCCGAGUUCAUCCAUCUAGGCCCGGAUGAGAAGGAAGUUAUAUUCAAAACAGAGGUAGAAGCCAUCGAAGCCAUGCGCUGCGGGUAUAAACGACAUCUACGCAAAUGUCAUGAAUGCAAAUAUCAAUCCGGUCAGCUGAAAACCACACUGAAGGGUAGCGACGGCACGGUCAAAACCUCAUAUACAACGGGCCGCCAAUACAGGAUUCCAACCGCCACAGACCGAUACUAUCCUCGAUUUUGGGAAGAAUUGACAAAAAAAAGGCCGGUCAAUGACCCGCCGUCCUACGCAAUCUAUCGGGCUCAUGUACGCGAUCGUUUCCGGACGAUGUACAUGGUUCGAUGUCCAUAUUGCGAGAAGUGGAAGGAACACCGGAUGUUUGCUUCAGGUUCAGAAAGAUCUACUCUCCUAUGCAAAGGUCCUGAUGGACUCUCGGAAAGAGAAAUCGACGAACUACGCUGUUAUGAAUGCUACGCUAAGAAGUACGGGUCAGGUCCACUUGGAAUAGUGUUGAUGAAUGACCUCAAGAAAAUCCUCCUACAACAAGCCUCAGGACUUACAUAUAGACUGGGUCAUGGCUUCCACUGUCUCCUCUUCGAGCCAGAACUAAGGAGGUUCCCCAAGCAAAUGAGAGAAGAAAUCCGCAGUAUCGCCGGAGAAGCCGAUAAUAUUGCCAAAAGCAAAAAAGAAUUACUCACUGGUGAAUAUUAUACGGCGGAGGAACUGGGGUUUCUUCGGGAACGGUAUGAGAUGUGGAUGGAGAUGAGGGCGCGAGUACUAAAUUCAAAAAAAGCCCAUCUCAUUCGGGAUCGUGAGGAGGGGAAUUCGAAUAAUUGGUUUCAUAUUUGGACAAUUAUGUAUACCGAUCUGGAGGAUUUCUAUAAGUGGUUGCUGGCCGUUCAUGAUGAGGUGGAGAAGAAGCCUGAGAAGUUAGCGGAAUGGGCUUUGCAUGGAUCGAUUAGAGAAAUGCCUCCUGUUUGCACUGAGUCCAUUUUUGAAAGAGAUCAGGGCAUGCCUAUUUAG